CGCAUUAACAGGAAGUAUCUUAUAAAACAGAGCAAAGAAGGAUGCAAUUUUGGACGAGAGACGCUCAGUUCCAGUCGACGAUAAGAUUUGAUGUGAAAUGUAUGUUAAGUGAUAAAACAUGAUAGAUCUGUGCAAAUUAAAAUGUCCCAAGAUCCCAGUUGUUAGGAAAUGUUGCUUCUGCAUACCCACCUACGUUGGUAUUGCCAUUUUCGGAUACGCCGAUUUAACCCUAGCUCUGGUUGCUUUCCCGAUGCUUGUUUACGAGAUGGUUGAUGAGCUGACAAGUGGUCGGCAAAGAGAAGAUAUCCACUACAGCGACCCUGCCGUCCACCUGCCUGUUAUAGUGGCCGCAGCACUUGCUGAUAUAUUGCUGACCGUGUUGCUACUGAUCGGUGCUCAUAGGAAGAAUAAGCUCAUCCUGAAGAUAUACUUCUACUUCGCUACGUUCUCUCAGCUGAUGACUCUGUUUGCUGACCUCCCGUUCGUCGACUACACGGAGUACAAGAAAAGUUUAAUUUAUAUUUUCUUCGUCUUCCUGAACAUUUACCUGCUAUUCCUGGUUCACAAUGUGGUGUACGUGAGAGAAGACAGCCUGGAGAUCCAGUACAGAGCUUACGAGCCGCAUCGGGUCAGCGUCUAAACAACACUUAAUACUUCAACAUUGUAAAUACAACUUAGCUAUAAAGUAUUCUAGUUCUUUCAUUUAUGAAAA